AAAGGUAAGAACCCAUCUCAUGCUGCUUCCUCAAUUAUCCCUGCGACUUCUUAGAACUUCAAUUGUUUGAAAGUUGGUUUUCCUCUUUUGCUUCUAAAUUUCUGAGAAAUGAUUAGCGUUUGGCCCUUCAAAGUUAACCACUGGGAGGUCCCUCGCUUUGAUUUAGGCCCUUCUGGUGUCACUGAUCUGAACAGGAGAAGGAGGGUGAAACUGGGUUUUGUUUUUUCCGUUUCUCGUGGUGCAAAAGUUAGUGUUUUUCAGUGUUCAAGAGGGUAUGGAACUGUGGUAUUUUCUAGACACCCAAAAUUGGAUUUUAGAUGUGGGUUUAUUUUGGGAUGUUCUGGGCCCAAAUUUGGUAUCAUUUUGAACCCAAACAAGAGUCAUGUUGGAGACUUGGCUCCACCCUUGGGGUGGGCAUUGGAGGAGGAAGGUGUUGAGAGUGAAUUGGUUGGGGAGAAGAUGGAUUCUAAUGAUGAAUUAGUUAAGGAGAAGAUGGAUUCUAACGAAGAAUCGAUUAGCUGUGGGUUAGAGAGUGUAAAUUCUUUGAAUUUGGAUCAAGUUCAGGACAGUGAUUGUGAACAAAAAUUGCAUGCUGAUCACAGUAGCAAGGAAGGUGGCAAAGAGGAGUGUGAUGGUAAGGUUGAUGUUAGAGCUCUUGCCUUGAGAUUGCGGACAGCGAAGACAGUGGAGGAUGUGGAGGAGAUUCUUGAGGACAAGGGGGACUUGCCUCUCCAGGUGUUUUCAACGGUGAUUAGUGGUUUUGGUAAAGAGAAAAGAAUGGAUUCCGCAUUGAUUCUUUUUGACUGGAUGAAGAAGAGGAAGGUAGAAACGAAUGGAAUCUUUGGCCCUAACCUUUUCAUAUAUAAUGGUCUAUUAGGUGUAGUUAAACAAUCUGGACAAUUUGCGAAAAUGGAGGCCAUUCUCAAUGAAAUGGCUGAAGAUGGAAUCACCUAUAAUGUUGUGACAUACAACACCUUGAUGGCAAUUUAUGUUGAGAAAGGAGAGUGUGAUAAAGCUCUCAAUAUGCUUGAGGAGAUCCAGAAAAAUGGCCUUACCCCGUCUCCGGUAUCCUAUUCUCAAGCCUUGUUGGCAUAUCGGAGAAUGGAAGAUGGCUAUGGAGCUCUAAAUUUCUUUGUGGAGUUUAGAGAAAAAUAUCGUCAAGGUGAAAUAGGAAAAGAGGGUGACGGAGAAGAUUGGGAGAAAGAAUUCAUGAAGCUUGAGAAGUUCACUAUCCGUGUUUGCUAUCAAGUAAUGCGCAGUUGGCUUGUCAGUCGUGAUAACUUAAGCAACAAUGUGUUGAAGUUUCUUGUUGACAUGGAUAAUGCUGGGAUUCAGCUGACGCAGGCUGAACUUGAGCGGCUUUCGUGGGCUUGUACCCGUGAAGAUCACUACAUUGUUGUGAAAGAGCUGUACAAUAGAAUAAGAGGAAGGUAUGAUAAGAUCAGCUUGUCUGUCUGCAACCAUGCAAUUUGGUUGAUGGGGAAAGCCAAGAAGUGGUGGGCAGCGUUAGAGGUAUAUGAAGAUUUAUUGGACAAAGGACCAAAACCAAAUAACUUGUCAUAUGAACUGGUAGUUUCCCACUUCAAUUUUCUUCUCAGUGCAGCCAAGAGAAAAGGAAUUUGGAGAUGGGGUGUUAGGUUGUUAAACAAGAUGGAGGAUAAAGGCCUAAAACCGGGAAGUAAGGAAUGGAAUGCAGUUCUUGUGGCCUGUUCCAAGGCUUCAGAAACUACUGCAGCUGUGCAAAUAUUCAAGAGAAUGGUGGAAAAUGGUGAAAAACCCACUAUAGUAUCAUAUGGGGCUUUAUUGAGUGCACUUGAAAAGGGGAAUCUCUAUGAUGAAGCGCUCCGUGUGUGGGACCAUAUGGUCAAGGUUGGGGUUGAACCAAAUGCUUAUGCCUACACAAUCUUGGCUUCAAUUUAUACUGCACUGGGAAAUUUUAAUAGAGUUGAUGCCAUCAUUCAGGAGAUGGUAACACUAGGAAUUGAGGUAACGGUAGUGACAUACAAUGCAAUAAUUACCGGUUGUGCACGGAAUGGUAUGAGCAGUGCAGCAUAUGAAUGGUUUCACCGAAUGAAAGUUCAGAACAUCUCCCCCAAUAAGAUAACUUACGAAAUGCUGAUUGAGGCCCUUGCAAAUGAUGGAAAGCCAAGGCUGGCAUAUCAGUUAUAUACGAGAGCUAAGAACGAAGGCCUUACCCUCUCUACAAAAGCUUAUGAUGCAGUUGUACAAUCCUCUCAGGCCAACGGUGCAACCAUUGAAUUAGGUCUUUUAGGACCUCGCCCUGCUGAUAAAAAGAAGACAGUGCAAAUUAGAAAAACAUUGACCGAAUUCUACAACUUGGCUGGUGUUCCCAGGAGAAGUAGUAAACCGUUUGAUAGAAGUGAAAUUUAUCACUCACAGACACAAGAAAGUCCAUAAGUAGUUUAAUACAUUGAAAUUAGCAUAGUCAAAUAUUUUGUAGCCUCUGUACAUUCUGCUCUGUCAUAGCUUGAGAUUUUUUGUAUCCUUAGCCAAGAAGGUAAGAGAAUCACAGUCAUGUUUUCUUCCACUUUUCUUAGCAAAAUAGAGAUGUAACCCAUUUUGCGGAACUAUCAUUAGAAUUAUUGCUCAAAUUCUGCUCAAAUAUUUGAAA